UAUCAAACGGGGCAGCUCCUGAUCAGCCAAGAGACUCUGAACUAUUACCUAAGGGGCUGCUGGGGACUUCAGGCUGCUGAUCAUGGCUUUCCACAGGCACACAGGGCCUGGCAGUUACACCGUGGGCACCAUGUCGGAGCGCUUUGACUGCCACUACUGCCGGGACCCCCUGCAGGGGAAGAAGUACGUGCAGAAGGAGGGACGUCACUGCUGUGUCAAGUGCUUCGAGAAGAUCUGCGCCAACACCUGCACCGAGUGCAAGAAACCCAUCGGAGCUGACUCCAAGGAGCUGCAUUUCAGGAACCGCUACUGGCACGACAGCUGCUUCCGCUGCUUCAAGUGCUACACGUCCUUGGUCAACGAGCCCUUCAUGCUGAGGGAGAACAACAAGGUCUGGUGCAGCAACUGCACUGCUGCUGAGGAUGCACCCAGGUGUAAGGGCUGCUUCAAGCCUAUCAUUGCAGGAGACCAAAAUGUGGAGUACAAGAAGAUGGUCUGGCACAAGGACUGUUUCACCUGCAGCCAGUGCAAGCAAGUGAUUGGAUCUGGGAGCUUCUUCCCCAAGGGUGAUGAAUUCUACUGUGUCUCCUGCCACGAGCAUAAGUUUGCCAAGACCUGUGCUAAAUGCAAGAAUCCCAUUACUUCUGGAGGUCUCACUUACCAGGAACAGCCUUGGCAUUCUGAGUGUUUCAUUUGCUCCAACUGCAAGAAGCCGCUGGGCGGGAAGCGCUUCACAGCCGUGGAGGAUGAGUUCUACUGUGUUGAAUGCUACAAGGAGUGUGUAGCCAAGAAGUGUGCUGGCUGCAAGAAUCCCAUCACAGCAGGAUUUGGAAGAGGAACCAGUGUGGUUAACUACGAAGGUGAAUCCUGGCACGAUUAUUGUUUCAAGUGCACCAAGUGUUCCCGUGGCCUGGCCAACAAGCGCUUUGUUUGCCACAACGGGAAGAUUUACUGUGCUGAGUGUCCCAAACGGCUGUGAGGAGCAG